AUGCACCUCAUCAACGUUCAUACCCGGUCGCUGGAGGAAUUCCAUGAGAACCCGCCGGAGUAUGCUAUCUUAUCCCAUACAUGGGGCCCGGAAGAAGAGGAGAUUACUUUCCGCGAGAUGAAAGGAGGUGACUUAAAUAAGCCAGGAAUCGGAACGACCAAACUUGAAGGCUGCCUGCAACAAGCCAAGACCGAUAAAGUCGAUUAUGUGUGGAUCGACACUUGCUGUAUCGACCAGAGCAGCUCUCAUGAAUUGAGCUUUGCGAUCAGGUCGAUGUUCCAGUGGUACCAGCUUGCCAAGAAAUGUUACACCUAUCUCCAAGAUGUGCCCUCGAAGGCGAACUCCAGAUGGAAAUCGAAGUUUCGAAAAAGUCGUUGGUUCACGAGAGGGUGGACCUUACAAGAACUCCUAGCCCCAAAAGAGCUCAAUUUUUACAGCCACGACUGGCAAGCUCUAGGUACAAAGCAGGAACUGUCGGACGUUGUUUGGGAUAUCACAGGUAUUCCGGCACAAUUCUUGCGGGGUGAUUCUGGUCUAGAGGAAGCAAGUGUGGCACAACGCAUGUCUUGGGCUUCAAAUCGAAAGACGAAGAGGGUAGAAGACAUUGCGUACUCCCUUCUGGGUAUCUUCGGUGUUUCAAUGGUGCUGAUGUAUGGGGAGGGCGAUCACGCUUUCAUACGGCUUCAAGAAAGUAUAAUCGACAAAACCCCAGACGACUCAAUCUUGGCAUGGGGCUUUAAGGUACGGAGCUCUAGGAAUAUGCUACGGCAUAAGGUCGGAGGCAUCCUAGCUCCUUCCAUUACGGCGUUUGCAGGCUGCGGAAAGAUCACGUGGAAGAAUAUCGGCCAUGCAACAAUGGAUGUUAAGCUCCUGCGUGGAAAAUUCAAGUUGCAACUACCACUUCAGUCUACUAAAUCGAAGGGGACAUACGGCAUUCUCAGAACACAGCUCAAUAAUCCUGUUGUCGUUGACCGACGAUGCGUCUAA